CCACAGUUUCGCCACAAGAGCGAUAACCAGGUGAACAGCCGCCAUUCCCAAGUUUUAAUCAACGGGAUCCUCCAGAAGGAGGAAUGGAUGAAUGUCCGGGUUGGUGAUAUCAUAAAAUUAGAAAAUAACCAGUUUGUUGCGGCUGAUCUGCUUCUGUUGUCCAGCAGCGAACCUCACGGACUUUGUUAUAUCGAGACGGCCGAGCUGGAUGGGGAGACCAAUAUGAAAGUCCGACAAGCUAUCCCAGUGACAUCCGAGCUAACCGACACCAACAACCUAGCGCAUUUUGAUGGAGAGGUGAUUUGCGAGCCCCCUAACAAUAAACUCGACAAAUUCGGCGGGACGCUGUACUGGAAAGACAACAAAUACUCCCUGAGCAACCAAAACAUGUUGUUGCGAGGUUGCGUCCUUCGUAAUACAGAGUGGUGCUUCGGCCUGGUCAUCUUCGCAGGGCCGGAUACCAAAUUAAUGCAAAACAGCGGCCGCACGAAAUUCAAGAGGACCAGCAUUGACCGUUUGAUGAAUACUUUGGUGCUUUGGAUUUUCGGGUUCCUGGUCUGCAUGGGGGUGAUCCUGGCCAUCGGCAACUCCAUUUGGGAAUACGAAGUGGGCGUCUGCUUCCAGAUUUAUUUGCCGUGGGACAAAGUGGUGGACAAUGCCUUCUUGUCGGGGUUCCUGGCCUUCUGGUCUUACAUCAUCAUCCUCAAUACCGUAGUUCCCAUCUCACUCUACGUCAG